AUGGAGGGCUUAAGGUUGAGCACAGUUGUCGUUGCUGUGGUAUUCAUUUGUGUCUCCGUCCUACUCCUAUCUCCUAUCGAGGUGGAGGGAAAGUGUGACUUCCCAUACGGCUUUUGUCCCCUUUGGGAGAGUACAAGUGUUUGCGAGGAGAAGUGCUUGAAGUUCAAGACCAGGAGUGGAGAGACGUUUUAUGGUGGCGAGUGCCGUCCGAGCGGGAAAAUUAUCACUCUUAUGAUGAAUUGUUACUGCUGCUAUUAUGAUGAUGCUGUUACCGGUGCUGAAAACGAAAACAUGUGA